ACCUAUUCGUCUCGAACGUGACCUUACGUGGCAUGGCCCUUUGUGGUACCUUGUCUACGACGUAUACAAGGAAGAUAUGUUCAGUCGAUAGCAAUCCUCGGUUCCCUUCGCCAUGCCCCCACUAACUGGUAAUGUUAACGUAGCUAUUCACAUCACUUCCAGCAUUAUUGGCGAGGUAACAAUUUCAACAAAUUCCAGCACAGCAACAACUACGACAAGCACCGAACACGCUACACCAAUCUCCAUCCCAGCAGCCGUCGGCGGUACUGCCGCGGGAAUAGCGCUUGCGGUUGCAGUGGUGGUGGGAUGGAGAUGGUGGUCAUCGAUCGUUAGACAAGCGAACAAAAAGUGCCGCUCGCCAAGGCAAAAUGUUCUCAGGAGACAUGACAGAACUACUCCGAACAAACCAAACGAGGAAGGCUGUGGCCCCUCGAGCAGUACGGAUGGCACUGGGUGCUCAUACGGGAAAAAGAGUUUUUCAGAUUCAUCGCCAAACACAAUAGGCACUACAUCAUCCCACACAACUCCCGUUCAGCCUUCCUCGAGUAUGGCUGCACUGUUACCAGCACCCCCAAUAAAACCCCCACGGAAUCCAGCUCGUGCUCUGCGACGUCCUUCGGGUCAACUCAAGGAGAGCCUCGCGCGUGGAAGCAGGUCAUCAUUUGCCCGGUCGUCGAACAGGUUGUCUUAUAAAUCAACCAUCAGCACUGCUUCAAUGUAUUCUACCCAGACUGAUGAGGAACAACACUUACGCGUGCCCGCAGCUGUCAUAACAGCAGCCUUGGGUGGCCCUCGACACCUUUCAAGAUUUGGUCAUAGCUCCGAGCCCUACACCAUUGGUGAAGAGCAGACAGAUACAGUAGUUCCUAGCUCAAGCCUGCGGGACUCUGCGCACAUUACCCAAUUACAUCGGGUGUCAAAUAUUAGUGCUGGGUCAUUGUGCCUUCAGCAGGGUGAACUGACAGCGGAUUCAAUUGGAGUGGCAUAUGGCGGUGAAGAGCCGUGAUGAACUAUGAAAGGCUCACGGCUGGGGGGCUAUUUCCAGAGGACGA